GAUCCAUCAAACCCUUCCAUCUCUCAACUCCUUUUUCCUUUCCAUCUCUCCUCUUCUCCUCUCUCUCUCUCUCUCUUUCUCAACUCCCCAAUCCCCAAUUCCGCAAACCCUAGACCUCCAAUCUCCAAUCCCUCUCUCCCGAUCCGCCAUCGCCGCCGCCGCCACCAUCGGCUUGAUCGCCAUGCUCGACGAACUGCCGGAUUCCUCCUGAUCGCCUUCUCCUCCGAAGGCCUCUUCGGUCUCCCCCUCCUUUGUAUGGAAACACGCAGCCGCAAGCGGGCGGAGGCCUCUUCUGCAGCGCCUUCUACUCCCUCAUCCUCAUCCUCCCGCCCUUCCAAGCGCUCCCGCUCUUUCCCCCCUCCUCUCCCUUCCGUCACCACCCGUUCCCGCUCCGCCGCCAUCGUCGCCAACACCACCGCCAUGGAUUCCUCUGAAUCCUCCCCAGCUCCUCGCCGCCGUGGCCCUGCCAGAACUCACCAACCUCCUCCUCCUCCGGCUGAUGAUUCGUCGUCCAGCAAAGGCAAGGAGCGCGAAACCCCUGAGGGCUCUUCCCGGCCUCGUGCUGAUCGCGAUCGUGACGCUGAACGCAUCCUCGGCCUCAGCUUCGAUGGCGGCGGCGGCGGCGGUAAUGAUGAUGACAUCGAUAGCGAGGGCGGCGCUGGAGGUAUCUUCCAACAUAACUUCGCUGGUAGCGCCCUUCAGGGCCUUCUUCGCAAACUUGGUGCUGGCCUUGAUGACCUCCUCCCCUCCUCGACAGGCGCCCCUUCGUCCUCCUCACACCAGAGCGGGAGGCUCAAGAAGAUCUUGACUGGGCUGAGAGCAGAUGGCGAGGAAGGACGGCAGGUGGAGGCGCUGACCCAGCUUUGCGAGAUGCUUUCCAUUGGAACCGAGGAGUCGCUGGGUUCCUUUUCUGUUGACUCCUUUGUUCCUGUUCUUGUGGGACUUCUCAACCAUGAGAGCAACCCGGACAUUAUGUUGCUCGCUGCCCGAGCCCUUACUCACCUCUGUGAUGUCUUGCCUUCUUCUUGUGCUGCAGUUGUUCAUUAUGGUGCUGUUCCAUGCUUCUGUGCCCGGCUUCUCACAAUUGAAUACAUGGACUUGGCGGAGCAGUCUCUACAAGCUUUGAAGAAGAUAUCACAAGAACAUCCCACUGCUUGUCUGCGGGCUGGUGCUCUUAUGGCGGUAUUGUCCUAUCUCGACUUCUUUUCCACUGGUGUUCAGCGGGUAGCACUUUCUACUGCUGCAAAUAUGUGUAAAAAACUCCCAUCAGAUGCAGCUGAUUUUGUGAUGGAAGCUGUUCCAUUGCUUACAAACCUUCUCAACUAUCAUGAUUCAAAAGUUCUAGAGCAUGCCUCUGUUUGUCUGACUCGUAUUGCAGAGGCUUUUGCAUCAUCACCUGAAAAGUUAGAUGAACUCUGUAACCAUGGGUUAGUCACACAAGCUGCGGGGCUGAUAUCUGUUAGUAAUACAGGAGGAGGGCAAGCCUCUCUCAGUUCAUCUACAUACACGGGUUUAAUCCGCCUUCUCUCGACUUGUGCCAGUGGAUCCCCAUUAGGAGCCAAAACACUUCUACUUCUUGGAAUAAGUGGCAUCCUUAAGGAUAUCCUCAGUGGUUCUGGCCUUGUUGCCAGUAUUUCUGUUUCACCUACUGUAACAAGGCCGGCAGAUCAGAUUUAUGAGAUUGUGAAUCUUGUGGAUGAGCUUCUACCGCCACUGCCUCAAGGAACCAUUUCUCUCCCAAUCUGCUCAAAUAUUCUUGUAAAAGGAUCAGCAAUAAAGAGAUCCUGCAGUGGCAGUGGUAAUAAGUCGGAUGAAGUUAAUGGAGCAUCGAAUGAAGUUUCUGCUCGUGAGAAGUUAUUGCAUGAUCAACCUGAACUUUUGCAGCAGUUUGGGGCAGACCUACUGCCUGUUGUUAUACAGGUUUAUGGUUCUAGUGUAAGUGGGCCAGUUCGGCAUAAAUGUCUGUCUGCUAUCGGAAAGUUAAUGUAUUUCAGUACAGCUGAUAUGAUCCAGUCUCUACUUAGUGCUACAAAUAUAUCAAGCUUCUUAGCUGGUGUCUUAGCAUGGAAGGAUCCUCAAGUAUUAAUCCCUGCUCUACAAAUCGCGGAGAUUCUUAUGGAGAAGCUUCCUGGAACAUUUUCCAAGAUGUUUAUCAGAGAAGGGGUUGUGCAUGCUGUUGAUGCACUUAUAUGCUCGGAUUUGUCAAGUUCAGUUCCUUCUCAGGCUUCUGCUGCUGAAAAGGAUAAUGAUACCACACCUGGAACAUCUUCACGUUCUCGGCGUUCUCGGCGCCGUGGCAGCACAAACACCGAAAACAGCUUGUUGGAUGAAUCAAAAGGUGUUGUGUCUGGAAGUGUUAGUACGCCCCCGACUACUAUUGAAGUUCCGUCUGCAAAUUCUAGUCUCCGUGCCACUGUUAGUGCCUGUGCAAGGGCUUUCAAAGACAAAUACUUUCCAGCAGAUCCCUUGUCGGCUGAUGUUGGAGUAACAGAUGAUCUACUUCGUCUGAAAAAUCUUUGCUCAAAGUUGAAUGCUGACGUUGAAGAUGUCAAGACAAAAGCUAAGGGUAAAUCAAGGGCCUCUAGUGCUUGCUCUUUUGAUAUCUCCACUGAUAAUGAGGAGCAUUUGAAUGAUGUUAUAAGUGAGAUGCUCUUUGAACUCUGUAAAGGAGAUGGUGUAUCCACAUUUGAGUUCAUUGGAAGUGGGGUUGUUGUAGCUUUGCUUAAUUAUUUCUCUUGUGGAACAUUUUUGAAGGAGAAAAUAUCAGAAGCUAACCUCCCCAAGCUUCGUCAGCAGGCACUUCGUAGAUAUAAAUCAUUUAUUGCAACUGCUUUGCCUGCCAGUGUUAAUGGAGGGAAAGAACUGCCAAUGACUGUCUUGGUUAAGAAGCUUCAAAAUGCUCUAUCUUCUUUGGAACGUUUUCCAGUUGUACUCAGCCAUUCAUCUAGGUCAUCUAGUGGAGGUGCACGUCUGUCUUCUGGCCUCAGUGCAUUAUCCCAACCCUUUAAGCUGCGCCUAUGCCGAGCACAAGGUGAAAAAUCCCUUCGUGAUUAUUCUUCAAAUAUUGUACUCAUUGAUCCUUUGGCAAGUCUAGCAGCAGUGGAAGAGUUUCUCUGGCCAAGGGUCCAGAGGAGUGAGUCUGGACAAAAGCCUGCUCUGCUGGCUGGGAAUUCUGAUUCUGGAGCUGCCUCUACUGGUGCUGGUGCUGCAAUGCCUGCAUCUGCUCCUGCUUCUGGUCGACGUCCUGCUACUAGAUCUAGAUCAUCACUAACCAUUGGAGGAGCUCGAAAGGACACUAAUGAGGGAAAUGCAAGUUCUUCUAAAGGAAAGGGUAAAGCUGUUCUAAAAUCUAAUGCUGAUGAAGCAAAAGGACCUCAGACAAGAAACACUUCUCGUAGAAGAGCAUUGUUAGAUAAGGACACCAAUAUGAAACCUGCACAUGGCGAUUCUACAUCGGAGGAUGAGGAAUUGGAUGUAUCUCCAGCGGAAAUUGAUGAGGCUUUGGUGAUUGAAGAGGAUGAUGUUUCAGAGGAUGAAGAUGAUGAUCAUGAUGAGGUUUUAAGGGAUGAAUCUCUUCCUGUUUGUGUACCUGAGAAGGUUCAUGAUGUAAAAUUGGGAGAUUCAGCGGAUGAUGCUGCUGUUGCUUCUUCUGCAAAUGAUAGUCAAGUGCAACCUUCAUCUGGUUCCAUUAAUAGGACUGCUGCUACCAGAGGCCAAGACACUGAGUUUAGAAGUGGAAAUGCUUUUGGUUCAAGGGGUGCCAUGUCAUUUGCAGCGGCUGCCAUGGCUGGACUUGCAUCUGUAAGUGGCAGAGGUAUCAGAGGUGGGCGAGACCGCCGAGGAUUUCCCACUGGUGCCAGUAUCAAUGAUCAUUAUAAUAAAUUAAUAUUUACCUCUGGUGGAAAGCAGCUUAGCAAACACUUGACCAUAUAUCAGGCUAUUCAACGUCAGCUUGUGCUUGAUGAAGAUGAUGAUGACAGAUAUAAUGGUUCUGACUUUGUGGCCAGUGAUGGUAGUAGGCUUUGGAGUGAUGUUUUCACUAUCACUUACCAAAAGGUAGAUACCCAGCCUGAUAGGGUUGCUGCUGGAGGUUCAAAUUCUGUCACUGCUAAAUCUUCCAAAUCAACUUCUGCUUCCAAUUCUGGUGAUGGCAGUGAUAGUCGAUUGCAGCAGAUGUCCCUUCUUGAUAGCAUUCUACAAGGAGAACUUACCUGUGAUCUUGAAAAAUCAAACCCCACCUACAAUAUUUUGGCAUUAUUACGAGUCUUGGAGGGGCUUAAUCAGCUGGCUCCUCGCUUAAGGGUGCAAGCAGUGUCUGAUGAUUUUGCAGAAGGGAAGAUUUCAACUCUAGAUGAUCUUUAUAAAGCUGGAGCAGGAGUUCCUCGAGAGGAGUUUGUCAAUAGCAAGUUAACUCCUAAACUGGCUCGACAAAUUCAAGAUGCUCUUGCAUUGUGCAGCGGAAGUCUCCCUUCAUGGUGUUACCAGAUGACUAAAGCAUGCCCUUUCUUGUUUCCCUUUGAAACAAGAAGGCAAUAUUUUUACUCAACUGCUUUUGGUAUAUCUCGUGCAUUGCAUCGGCUACAACAGCAACAAGGUGCUGACAGUCAUUCUGCAAAUGAGAGAGAGGUUCGAGUUGGCCGAUUGCAGCGACAAAAGGUUCGUGUUUCUAGAAACCGGAUUCUGGAGUCUGCUCUGAAAGUUAUGGAGAUGUAUUCUAGCCAAAAGGCUGUUCUUGAAGUUGAAUAUUUUGGUGAGGUAGGAACUGGAUUAGGUCCAACCUUGGAGUUCUAUACUCUCUUAAGCCAUGAUCUGCAAAAGGUUGGACUUGGAAUGUGGAGAUCCAAUGCUACAUUGGAUAAUACAUCAAUGCAUAUUGAUGGGGAUGAGCUGAAAGAUGGAAAUAGUGAUGAGAUUUUGGGUGAGAAAAAGCCUAGAUCUGAUCUGGCUUUUGGAAGUAAUAAUCAUAUUCAAGCUCCACUUGGGUUGUUCCCCCGCCCUUUGUCUCCUAAUACAGAGGUUUCUGAAGGUAGCCAGUUCUCUAAAGUCAUUGAAUAUUUCCGCCUUGCUGGGCGAGUGAUGGCGAAAGCUCUACAAGAUGGACGGCUAUUGGACUUGCCUCUUUCACCUGCAUUUUACAAACUUAUGCUGGGCUAUGAACUUGAUUUACAUGACAUUCUUGCAUUUGAUUCUGAGUUCGGAAAGAUUUUGCAAGAAAUGCAAGUCCUUGUCAAUCGGAAAAAAUCUUUAGAAGCUAUGGCUGACUAUAGUGAGAAGGCAGUUGCUGAUUUACGCUUCCGUGGUGCUGCUAUUGAGGAUCUAUGCCUGGAUUUUACACUCCCUGGCUAUCCUGAUUACCUUCUUAACGAAGGAGAAGGCACACUGGUUGAUAUUGACAAUUUGGAAGAGUAUAUUUCUUUGGUCGUUGAUGCAACUGUGAAGACUGGAAUUACACGACAGAUGGAUGCUUUUAGAGCAGGUUUUAACCAGGUCUUCGACAUCACUACUCUUCAGAUAUUUUCUCCACAAGAGCUAGAUUACCUACUUUGUGGUCGUAGGGAGUUGUGGGAGCCUGAUUCACUGGUUGACCAUAUCAAAUUCGAUCAUGGAUACACUGCUAAAAGCCCUGCUAUCAUCAAUCUACUGGAAAUCAUGGGAGAAUUUAGCCCAGAGCAACAGCAUGCUUUCUGCCAAUUUGUAACCGGUGCCCCUAGACUUCCACCUGGUGGUCUUGCCGCAUUGAAUCCAAAACUAACCAUUGUCAGGAAGCAUUCAUCAACUGCCUCAAACAUUGCUUCAAAUGGCGCUGUGACCUCAGAAUCAGCAGAUGAUGACUUGCCGAGUGUUAUGACUUGCGCUAAUUACCUCAAACUGCCUCCAUACUCAACAAAGGAUAUCAUGUACAAGAAACUUCUUUAUGCGAUCUCCGAAGGCCAGGGAUCAUUUGAUCUGUCAUAAUUUCAACACUAACUAUCCUGCUCAAUCUUUGCCCUCAUUUUCUACAACCCGGUAAAGCGCUACAUAUAUAUAUAUAUAUACCUACCAACCAGUGAGUGCAAUUGAAUCUGGUUAAAUUUCUUCGUCAGGGGUUUUCGAAAAAGCGGCAUUCUGUUUUUGAUCCUGUACAUUCUCAUUAUAUCCUUUGUAGGCGCAAACUUUUAUUUCUUACCAUAAAAAAAAAAAAUUCAAGGGGUUUUCCAUUUUCAUUUUGACCAUCAAUAAUAUUAGGCGUACGGUAUUGUAGUAGUAUUGGCCAAUCCUUAUUACUAUAAUUGCUUUCCAAUAGAUCAUUGCUCUGAAAUGCGAGUCUGUCCUACCCCUCCUCCCAACUCUUUGUAAAUAAAGGAUGCUUUCUUAUUAUGACGUCACUAUAUAUAUAUAUAUAUAUCGAAUGUAUCAUUGACUGAGGAAUGCUGGGAGGAAAUAAAUUCUUUGUAUUUUUAUGCUUGCAAGUGAAGCAUUAAAACAGUUAUAAUUUA